AUGACAUCUAUUUUUGGGAUCACACAUGAGUUGAAUUUGGCUUUACAAAAGAGUGAUCAGGAUAUUGUGAAUGCUAUGACUUUGGUUGAUGUGACUAAGAGGAAUUUGCAAAAGCUUAGAGAUGGUGGAUGGGAUGCUCAUAUGACUAAAGUAUCUUCCUUUUUGGCAAAACAUGACAUUCAGAUUCUGAACAUGGAGGGAAUGUAUGUUGCACCGGGGAGAAGAAUGUUUCGUGGUAAUGCUUCACAAGUGACAAAUCUUCAUCAUUUUCGGGUUGAGGUUUUUCUAAGUGUUAUUGAUCAACAAUUGCAAGAAAUUGAAAAUCGAUUUAGUGAGAAAAGUAAGGAAUUACUUAUUUGCAUGUCUUGCUUUAAUCCUUCUAAUCGAUUUGCAUCAUAUGAUAAAGAAAAAUUGCUAAGGCUUGCUGAGUUUUAUCCAAAUGAAUUUUCAAAUGCUGAAAUGUUCUUUUUUGAACAUUCAUUGGAUAACUUCAUGGAAGAUGUUCGAAAUGAUGAGAGGUUUUGGGAUGUGAAGACUCUCAAUGAGCUUUCUAUAAAGCUUGUUGAAACAAAAAAAAACAUGAAACUCAUUCAAAAGUUUAUUUGCUUUUGA